GUGUCAGCAAUAGAAUAUAACAAUCAUUGUAAUCAUUGUACAUAACCUCAAAUGUUAAAAAAAAAUAAAGUCCAUUGAUGCAGAAUUAUUCGGUGAACCUAUAUAGGACCUGAAGAGUGAGGUCCUUUAUCAAAUGACAGCUCACGAAGAUGACCUAACCUAACCGCACGUAACCUCGCGAAGAUGACACUCCGGCGACAUUGAACCCAGAAGAAAGAAAGUAUCUGAAAAUUUUCGAAGAUUCGACCAAAAGAGCUUUUUUAAUUCGUAUCCUUGGAUUUGGUAUCCCUUCCCCAGUCGGUAACGGAGUGAAGCGAGAGGGAGCGAAUUCACUCUCGAAGUGCACGAGCGAGAGCAAGAUGGCGAGAUUUCGAGCUAACAGGAGGGAUAAGAAACCCAUGCACGUACUCGGUUUCCAGUGGAACGACUUUAGUCUGACGACCGCUUCCACGGAGCGAGGUUGACAAAUCCCCCGUUGUGUCUCCGUGUGUUCAACCCGAAUUUUCCCGCGAGUUCUACGAAAAUUUUGAAGAAGUGUAAAGUGGGUCCACAUCGAGCUAAUCGUCCUUUCCGAAACUCGCCAGGUACUCUAGCCCUUAGAGUGUUGGUCCAGAGUCUGUCUUUCAGGUGGCACGUGCCGGUUUUCUGCGGCCUAGGAAUUCGUGACUGGAAGAAAUCGGUAAAAGGACGUGUUCGUUUGUGGUUAUUUUCGUGACGGCGCGGAGAGAAAGUGUUGUUUAGUCCGGUGACGCGAUAUCUCCAGGUGGAUACCGAUCUAUCCCAAGGAGGUAGAAACCGGUGGCUCAGGUUCAUCAAGGAUCGAUCGAGGAUGAGUGCACUCACGUGCAUCGGGACAGAAUGAAUUGUGUCCGUGAACAGCGAGCUGCGUGCGUUAACAUGCGCGAGAUCCUGCGUGCUUCCAGGGACAGAUAGCUCGUCCUGCCGUCCAUCCGCGGGCACAAGUGCCCAGAGGUCGUCGAACGAAGACUCGUCCUGCGGGGAUCGAAGCGGGAUACCUCAGGCUGAAGGGACUGAUCGUAGCCAUGAACCUCGCGCUGCAUGGAUUUUUGUUACAGGUUUUCUUGUUGAUACUCAACCUCCAGCAUGGCGUCGUGUUAUGCAGCGCGGGGGAACCUGGCUAUUUGGACUUCGACAACCUUCCGGAAACGAACUUUUCGUGUCAGGGGAAGGUGAUCGGUGGCUACUACGCGGACGUUGAGGCUGGCUGCCAAAUGUUCCACGUUUGCACCAUUGGACAGAAAGACUUGGUUUCAGACGAGAUUAUGGACAUAAAGUUCCUUUGUCUGAAUGGAACUGUCUUCGAUCAGGAAACCAGGGUCUGCGAGAGGGUGGACGAGGUUGACUGCAGCAAGAGCGAACGAUUCUACAACUUGAACCUGGAACUGUAUGGCAAUAACGCAGUGACACUCAGCUUGCAUGAAAACAGCGAGGACGACAUCGACCCCCUGGACCACACAAACGACCAUCAACGCACCACCUCCGCCCGACCCACCACAACCACCACAACCAGCACCACAACCUCCAAACCAUCCACAACACCUUCCUCCUCGUUCUCGCACUCCACUGGCUAUCCUCAACACUUCCAGCCGCAGCCUCCGUUCCCCCAAGUGCACACCAGCCAGUCCAAGUCCCUGUACGACGACAAGAACGGAGGAUACCAUCACCAGUACAUCUUCCACAACGGCGAGAGGAACAACAACCAACAGGCAACCUCCUACCAGUUGUUCAGCAACCAAGGAGUCAGUUCCACUACUGUCCAAACUCCUCAGGUCCAUCAAAUUCGGUUCAGCUCGACAGCGAGUCCACAGAUCAUCCACAACGAGCCUUCGACGGUGGCGCCGCUGUUCCACUCCUCUACGAUCCAGACGCUUCUGAACAACGGAAACAGCCCCUCGUUGAUCAAUCCUAUUUUCCAUAAUCAUGGGAUUGUCAGCACGACGGAGCAGUUUUCUAUACAUAGUAAUAACCCUAGGGAUACGUCGGAGUACCGGGAAAACGGGGAGCAGAUUAGGCCGCUGGAGGCGGUGCAGUCGACUAAUAAAGGAAAGGUUUCGAAGCUGACAAUAUCCCCCGUGCCCACAUCGGAACCCCCUCGUCAAAAGACCAGCAGCCAGAGUCCGCAGCAGAGGAUCUCAGGAAGCUUCCUCUCCACUCCAGCGACCGACGAGACGACCGUCCGAUCCUUCUACCCGACUCCGAGGACCUCGUCGAAGUCCGAGAACAGCGACCAAGUCACCCAGCACAUACACGUCCUGCCCCCUGUUCAGAUUCCCCAAUUGAAGCCCCAUCAGAUCACUAUCAACCUACCACCUCCAGAUAUUCAGAGGAUCGUGCAGAACCCAUCGUCCCUGCUGCCAUCUCAGUCUCGAGUGAUAGUGACGGCUAAAGCUAGCGUUAGCGACGAGUCGGGCCGACCCCUAAACACCACGCAGUUGGUCACCCUGCCGCUCCCGACGAUCCCUGCUAGUUAUGACGACUAUAAGGAAGGAGACGAGUCCUUUGACCCGUUCUACAGAGAUGUUCCCAAGAUUAGGAACAGCAGGAGAGCUUAUGGGGAAGUGAGAGGCAGGACGAGGUGGAGACCCAAGAGGUCGGUUGGUACGAAGAGCUCUAUGAUGUCCUUCGUUUAUGGAGGAGAGACUAACAGGAGACAGGAUGUUCAGGAUACGGGAGAUAAGGGGAAGAUCAACGACAGGGUGAUCAUCGAAGAUAACAGCCAGGACUUUAAGUCUAUCAAGGAGAGUCUGAUGAGGUUCAGAGAUAUUCUGUUUGGAGAGGAGUUCACGGAGGACACUGUUCGCAAUAUUUUUGAAGAGAAGAGUAAGAACAGUGUAAAAGUGAAUGGUAAGAAGGAGAGUCUGGAGGACUUGGAACCUAGGGCCUCGAAGAACUUUAAGGCUAGGGAGUACGAUGACGAGAAUGAUGAGGAGGAGAGGAAGAGUAAGGCUAAGAGUCCGAAUAAAAUGUCUGACGCUGAGUACGUAGAUUUUGAGGACCAUACGGAGUCAGACAAGAAUGUGGAAUAUACAGAAACUGAGCACGAAGCUUCUGAUAACGAGGAUGGUGAGGUCGUGAAUUUGAAGGACGAUGAAAGUAAGACCAUCAAGGAACCAGAACGAGAGCUCGAUAUUAUUAUUCUUGAUCCUAAUGAGUAUCUUAGAUUAAAAUCUGCGGAUGAGAAGAGUACUACCGAAGAAACGACGGAGGUCUCCACAACUGAAGCCACUGAAUUGAAGAAAAGCAUGAGUGGCAAGGACCCGAAGAAGCCCAUAGAUCAGGAUGACGCACCUGAGCAUUCUAAAAAGGAAGAUGAGAGGAUAGAAGAGGUUAAGAAAGAGAAGCCUAAAAGAAAGAGUUCGAGGAUCAGGUCUGGGAAGAUCUCUUCAAGGAAGAAGGAGACGAAAAAUGAGAAGACUCCUCAGGCACCUCCAAAAACCACUACUGAAAAGGUAGAAAUUACUACGUUAGUUGAGAAUUCUGAAGCACAGCAGAUUGAUAAGCAUAUUUUCAACGAACCCGAGUCUCAGACUUCCAAGGAGGUCGACACGAGGGCUGUGGGUAGCCAGAACAGUCAGAAGAGUCUUCAGGGUGGCAAGGAUCAGGACGCAGGCAAGGAGAACCGGAAGGGUGACGCGAACGAGUACGAGACUUUAGAGAGACAGGUUGAUGAAGAAUCGACUACCUCAACAUUGGAGGAACUUGAAGAAGAUCAGCCUGAGACAACGACCGAAGACGGUUCUCUAGAAAAGACCGACUACGAAGAGGGGUCCUCCAUUGAACACGAAAAUGUGGAGGAAGAGUCCACCACGAUCUUCGACAGCGAAGAUGUUGAAGAAGGCAGUCAGGAAAAGAUCAAAAGCUCUCAUUACGAGAAGAACGAGAAGUACGUGGACUCCUCGCGAGAAGUGUCUUCGCACAAAAAGGAGAAGAACGAGGACGAAGAGGAAGAGAUAGAAUCUCAAGAAUAUUCUACGAUGAAGAUGGAAGAGAUCAAUUCUAAGGAGGCGUCCUUCGAAUAUGACUCCACAGAGUCCUACGACACCCACGAAGUCAACGACGAAGAGUAUCCUGAAACGGAGGAUACAACCUCUGAAGAAAUUCCGAGUUCCAGAGCUGAAGGAGAGGAUGAAGAGUGGAUGGGCGACCAGGAGGGAAGCACUGAAGGAAUUCUGAAGUUUACCGAUGAGCUGCCUAAGGAGAAGGAAGAAAUACCGGAGAGUAAGAAGUCAUCGGAUUCGGUUGAGAAUGUCGCUCAUGAUUAUGUGGAUGAUAAUUAUGAACCUGAAAGCUAUAAGGGACGGGAUUCUUCUGAUACGAAUAGUUUGAAUGAUGAGAAAGUGAAAUCUGAUGUGGUGGAGAGCAAAGGUGAAUCUGAAGAGAAAGAUGUGAAGGAGGAGGAGGAUGAGAAGGAUGAGAAGGAUGAAGAGCAUGAGAAGGACGAAGAGCAUGAGAAGGAUGAAGAGCAUAAGAAGGCUGAAAAGGAUGAAAAGCAUGAGAAGGAUGAAAAGCAUGAAAAAGAUGAAAAACAUGAGAAGGAUGAAAAACAUAAGAAGGAUGAAAAGCAUGAAAAAGAUGAAAAACCUGAGAAGGAUGAAAAACAUAAGAAAGAUGAAAAGCACGAAAAGGAUGAAAAGCACAAAAAGAAUGAAGAUGAUGACGACACGUCUCACAAGGAUGAAAAGGAUGAGAUCACCACUCAGAAAGAAGAAGAAACAACCGAAGAACUCAAAGAGUCCACCACAGAGGACAUAGACCUGCAAACAACCACAUCAACAACAAGUACAUCUACCACUACUACCACCACUACAACAACUACAACAGUUCGUCCAAAACUAUUCAAGCCAAUCUCCGCAAGGAAGAGUUACAAUUACAUACCUCCCACAACAACCCCAAACCCAGUAGUCAUCAAACCAAGAUUAAGUCUACUGAAUCCAAAACCAGCAAAGCCCCCUAAGUCGUACAACGAGCUAGCGCCCAAGCCUGUAAUCAGAAAAUUCCCCCUGCUGACGCGUAAAUCGAGCACCAUGGCGACUACGACGAUCAAGGAGGACACGACGAUAAUGCCAGAAGUAACUGAAAUACCUACGAGCACGGAAGCCAGCAAGAGCGAGGAGAACGUGUUGGAGAGCAAGCUGGACCCCAUAAGUCAACCGGUGAGCGAGGCACCCCAGGCUUUGAAGAAUAAGAAUGACCAGGACUCUAGUCCUAGUGAGCAGAAGUCUCCUACGAAUGUGAAGAAAGAAGAUGAGGAAAGCUUCACUCCUUAUCCUUUAGCCAAAUUGACGACGUUGGCUUCUCUGAUCGAGGAGACACUGAUGGAUACAGAGUCUACGGAGGCUGAGAAGACUACUGCUAAGAGCUUCACUUUCAUUGAUGUUGAAAUUACGACAACUCCGACGUCGGUUUCUUCAACAACGGAGGCUGAUCAGACUACUAUCGCUAAACCAGUGACGGAGGAGACCACGCCACCUACUACGUCCACAUCUACCGCGUCUACGUCCACAUCCACAUCUACUGCGUCCACAUCCACGUUCGCAUACACCGAGGUGACCCUUCCUGAUAUGUCUACAGAGACCACCUCCAAACUCGAAGAGAUGGAUUCGAUAACCGUGAGGCCGACUCGCAAAAUGGUGGGCCUAAGGCGACAAGGUGGCUUCAACUGCCUGGAGAAAGAGAUGUACCGUUUCUACGGGGACAACAGGGACUGUAGACUGUUUCAUUACUGCUCGCCCGGUUUCACCUCGAGGCAGGUUCUCGACUUCCGGUUCGUGUGCGAGGAGGGCACUGCCUUCGACGAGGAGACGCAGAGUUGUAGUCACGACGUUCGUAGCAAACGGUGUCCAGAUAGACAAUGGUAA